AGAAGAGAUAGUUCGAGCAGUUGAGCCAUUUCUCCUGUCGGUUCAAGGACAAGAUGGUCGGCGCUUCGAAGAACCACCCAAAGUCCGCCCUGCGCGCGUCUUCUCCGCAACUUCGGGAACGUCGGGUUUCCUUUGCCAUGCCUUACGUCGAAGAGAGCACCGCUCACGUGACCGGGCCCUCCGCGGCUCCGGUUUUCCAGCCAGCCACGGAAGGCCCACUGUUCGCGGCCUACCCUUACGGAGGUGAUGCCACCCAUGGGACCCAGCACGGAAUGUAUUAUGGGUCCGUCGGCGCACCGAUACCUUCGUCUGCGCGUGCCUUGUUUGAACAUCCGCUGCCAGUAAUUACUGGCCCGUUCACGGAACAGAUCGCGACGGCGCGCGGUAUCUAUUGGGUGAAGCCUCCACUUGGCAGCAGAGCCUCCCAAACCUUCUCAGCCUACCCCCACCUGGAAGCCAUUCCGGAAGGACCGACGUACGACGACAGCCCAACAUCAGCGCGUUCGACCAUGCGCAACGUCGGCGUUGCAGCGCUGACAGCUGCCCUCUUGGCCGUCGUCAUAGUAGUGGCGUUGGCAGUCGAGUUGCCGGCUCCAAUCAUUGACACCGGCACCUCAGAAAUGUCGCACGUGGUGGUGAAGUUACACUCAGGAGACGUAAGGAACGCCGCGCCACGUCCGCCCCUCAAGGCUCCGGUGAGAACACUACCGGACGUGACCUUUCGUCCGCGUGCAAGGGCAUCCAUGCCACACAAAAUCACCGAUCACCGGCGACUUCUGCCAAACGCUUCGCAGCGCGGUAUGUCCGCCAGCACUGCGACAACGCCGGGGACACGCACUGCGACGAGCAUGCGGCGACAUAGUGGUAACCGAACGCUUUCGCACGAGUGUGGCGGCCACUUCUACACCUACUGCACCGCUGCUGCCGUGGCGAGCGGGGUCUACUACAGCGCCUCGUCGCACGCCUGCCUCUCCGCGGCGGAGGACAGCGUGCACCUGUGCAACCGCGGCGCCAACCGCUUCCCGAACCUCGGGGGCUGCCUGGCCAGCUGCGUGCACGCGGACGGCGGAGAACCGCACGACCGCUGCUACGAGAGCACCCUCUUCACCACUUGCACGAGGCAAGACGUGCCGGAAGCGUGGUGGUACUACAACGGCUCUGCGUGCACCGAGUGGAACUUCCCGCUCGGCAAGUGCCCGUCCCUAGGCCGGAGAGUGUACCGCUCCCGCGAGGAGUGCGACAGAGCGUGCCCACUGCGUCGACAACGUGGUAACACCACCGUCAGUAGGCGUCGCCGGUGCGACUCGCCUGCUGCUACCACGUGCACUCCGCAACAGGUCAAGUACCCGUACUUCGCCGACAUGCAAGCGCAGAGCAGCGCCAGAUGCGUCAAGGCGACGAGCCACACUCUUCAGGAACGACGCUGCCUCAUCGGAUCGAACCGAUUCGAUUCGGUCGCCAGUUGCGAACAGAGCUGCGUCCACUUGUGACGGAGGUCACCUUGAAGCGACCUAACGCAGCUCAGGCGAUCCGUUACAGUAUUGCAUCCUGGAAUAAACUUCGCCACGCGACAAGACUCUUCUCAUCAUCGCGCGGCCACGAACAUACUGGUCAAAACAUGCUGUUAAGCCAAUCGAUUCAUUAUGGCAACAAACGGCGCCAGAGAACACAAGAGACAAGGCAACGAGAUCGC